UUCCGGCUAUAUUAUUGGUACGUUUCAAGACUUUUAAAUUCCAAACGGUUGUCUCCCAGAGAAGGCGAGGGGUUUUCAAAACCACACCAGUCAUUCGCGAAUGUGUUGAUGAAAGACUUGUAAUUUCGGCUAACUGCAUCUGGGUUUUUGAGGAUGAGUUCUGUUGAUGUGAAUGAUGAGAAUCGUGGGGUCUGCCCUGGAGGAAAACAGAACACUUCAAUUAAUGACAUUUUUGCACUGGAUCAGCCAACUGGGAGGCCCUCUAUCCUGCGUCAGACAGAGAACCUGCACAGCAAGACGGUGCCAAAGGGAUCGAAGGUUUGUUUUCAGACUCCAAGAAGAGACCCUCAGACUAAAAGAAUCGUAUCUCCCACCAAGUCUCUCAAGAUGACAAGUGUGGAUGCGUGUACAAAAGCAAUGGAGUCCUUAAAUUUGGAUCAAAUAAAUUCUUUACAUGAUGGGCCCAAACAAGAUGUGUCAUCUUAUCCUGAUGAUAACAUGCCGAUACAAAGCAAAGGAGGCUAUCAGUUGGAUUUUGAAAACCUUGACUCUAUGAAUCCAUUUCUAGGGUCUAUUAAGAUGGUCCUUUCUCCUACGAGGCUGGAUUUUGAAAACUCUCCUACAGCGUCUAUAAACACAGAGAAUAUCUCGGAGGAGCCCACCAAAAUAGAAUCUGCACUAGACGAGACUCUUCCAUUUACCGCGUCCGUGGAAAACUCGAUGGUUGAUGUCUCCACCGACAUCAGCUCCACAGAGAGCAGCGUGGUCACAGUGGUGACGGUCCCGGCGGUCGAAGAACAAGAUUCAUGCACUGCCACACCUGAUGAAAAACAUGCUGCUCCAAAUGUCCAUCAAGAUGAUGUGUCGGGCAGUUUUGUGGAAGAUUCUCCACUGCCAGCGACUGGUUCUUACUCCUUGGAUUUUGACAACCUUGAUUCAGUCAAUCCUUUCCAAACUGGUGGCUCUAAAAUGCAGAUUUCCCCUCUCCCUGUGAGAACGGUGCCAGACAUUAACUCACCUGUUGAGGAGAUAAAAGAAAAUAAACCCACACAUGUUGUUGACGACAUACCUGAGGUGGCUCAAGAUGUGCAGCCACCGGUUGUCUCCACAGAGAGCAGCGUGGUCACAGUGGUGAAGGUCCCAGAGGUCGAGGAACAAGAGUCAUGCACUGCCACAGCAGAUGAAACGCAAUCGGCUCAAAUGUCCUCAGAUGUUGAUCAAGACAAAUUGCUGGGCAGUUUUGUGGAAGAUGCUCCACUGCUAGCGACUGGUUCUUACACCUUGGAUUUUGACAACAUUGAUUCAGUCAAUCCUUUCCAAACUGGUGGCUCUAAAAUGCAGAUGUCCCCUCUCCCUGUGAGAAAGGUGCCAGACAUUAACUCACCUGUUGAGGAGAUGAAAGAAAAUAAACCCACACAUGUUGUUGACAUACCUGAGGUGGCUCAAGAUGUGCAGCCACUGGUUGAUGUGGUCACAGUGGUGAAGGUCCCAGAGGUCGAGGAACAAGAGUCAUGCACUGCCACACCUGAUGAAACGCAACAGGCUAAAAUGUCCUCAGAUGUUGAUCAAGACAAAUUGCCGGGCAGUUUUGUGGAAGAUUCUCCACUGCCAGCGAAAGGUUCUUACUCCUUGGAUUUUGACAACCUUGAUUCAGUCAAUCCUUUCCAAACUGGUAGCUCUAAAAUGCAGAUGUCCCCUCUCCCUGUGAGAAAGGUGCCAGACAUUAACUCGCCUGUUGAGGAGAGAAAAGAAAAUAAACUCACAAAUGCUCAAGAGGUGCCUGUUCAGCCAGAGAUGAAACCGAAAGCUGCAGUGGCCCCAAUCUCGGCUAAUGCUGCCGAAUCCACGGCCCAGCCAGCUGAUGCCCCAAUCCAGGAAGGACCCGUCAAACUUGAGUUCAAUUUCGAUGAUGGCAGUGAGGUCAAACGCAGACCGCCACCCAAGAAACUUGGCAAGAGACCACCUGGUGCCAAACCUAAAGAGGGAAAGUCGGCACGUGACGUCAAAACAACAAAAGAAACUCCAGUGAAGCCAGACGCCAGUGACGAUGCUGAUGUUCCCGUUCCUUCAGGGUCUUACUCAUUUGACUUUGCCAAGUUUGAUGACCCAAACUUCAAUCCCUUUGGCACAAAAGCAAGCAUGACCAACGCUUCAACGUGUAGCAUGAAAUCCGGUCCUGCGCUCAUGGAAACGAUUCCAGCGCAACUAGAGGAGCCUGUGGAGAAGGACGCUGUAUUACCAGCAUGCACUGGAGAGGCUGUCCCAGCUGCAGAACCCCACCCUGCAGCGAUGAGAGAAAAGGCUGAAGACAAGGCCGCUCCUUACCAUGACCUGGGAUUUCAACUUGACGCUGAACAUCCCGUGGAGAGUUUUCCUGAGCUUUCUGAAUGUUGCCAACCUGAGCAGAAGUCACAGACCGCCAUGUCAGCAAUCAAUGACGAGUUUGUUCCUGGAACUAUGUUCAUGGCCAAUGACUUUGAUGGACAAAUGGAUUACCUUGAACAGUUUGGGUCCAGCCGUUUCAAGGAAUCUGCAUUGAGGAAACAAUCCUUGUACCUUAAAUUUGACCCCCUCCUGAGAGAGAGCCCCAAGAAGUCUGCAGACCCGGCAGCUCAGACAAACGCCCCUCGCCCGGCUGCCUUUGUUUCACGGCUUGAAACUUCACAGAUGGCAGACAAAUCUGCAAGUGUCCAAGUCAAACUGUUUGAUGUUACAGCACUAGCUUCCCCGAUCCUCGCAGAUCUCGUGCCUCCUUUCCCCCGGCAAGAAAACACAGAGGAGGCCAUUAUUGAAGUGCUGAAGUACAGUCAGAAAGACCUGGAUGCAGCCAUCGCCAGGGUCCAGGCGGAAGCAAAGGAAACAGAGGCGCAAUGGAGUGCAAAGUAUAAAAAGAUACUUGGCGAUGGUCAAGAGAUGAGGAAAGUAAUCGUGGAAUUUGAGCUCAUGAUUGCAAGAAUGCUGUCUGAUCAAGAGAAGGAGAGGGAGGUGGCCCAGGCGAAGCUCAACGAGGCUCUGUUGGAGAGAGAUCAAGCCUCCAGUGACCUGAACACCAUGGAGAGAUCUUUCUCCGACCUUUUCAAGAGACUGGAGAAGUAUAAGGACGUUGUUGAGGGCUACAAAAAGAAUGAAGGGACUCUGAAAGCUUGUGCUCAGGACUAUCUGGCCAGGAUCAAAAAGGAGGUGCAGCGCUACCAGACCCUUAAAGCCCACGCGGAGGAAAAAAUGAACCGUGCAAAUGAAGAGAUUGCUGAGGUGCGGUCCAAGUACAAGUCUGAGGUAUCUGCACUUCAAGCCCAGCUGCGGCUGGAGCAGCUGAAGGUGCAGUCACUGGAGAAGAGCCUGGACCAGAAGGAAAAGGAAGCGGAGGAGCUCACCAAACUUUGUGAUGAACUUAUCACCAAAGUCCAGAAAGGUUGAGCUCAUUUGUAAAUGCUGUAUAUUUUAAUGUCCCUUUUUUCUCUUCUGUUCUUUGUUUCUGUCCCGAUCAUUCGCUUGUGUAGUCUGUUUGUCUUUUUCAAUGUUCUUAAAAUACUGUAAAAUAAAAAGUUAAUAAAGAUGUUUUCAAGCUUU